AUGGCGUCCCCGACCGCUGCGGCCUCCCCGACCGUUGCGGCCUCCCCGACCCGUGCCCUCGCUGACACCACCGCGCCCUCGCCGGCCUCCCCGCCGCGCCGCCUCGCCUCGGCGCCGCCCGGCGUGGACGCGUCCACGGUCUCCUCCCCGGUAUCCGCCCACUCCGGGGACCUCUCCGCCUGCGAUGUCUCGAGCCCGUUGCUCGCUAGUAGGAGCGAGGAGUACAGGCUGAUGUUCCGGCUCCCGCCGGACGAGGUCCUUGUGCAAGAUUUUAACUGUGCCCUCCAAGAAAAUAUUCUUCUUCAGGGGCAUAUGUAUUUAUUUCUACACCAUAUAUGCUUCUAUUCUAAUAUUUUCGGAUACGAGACGAAGAAAACUAUACCUUUACAGGAUGUCACUGAUGUUCGUAAAGCAAAAACAGCUGCUAUUUUUCCUAACGCCAUAGAAAUUGUUGCUGGUGCGAAGAGGCAUUUUUUUGGAUCUUUCUUGGUGCGCGAUGAAGCGUAUCGUAUUAUAGUAGAUGGUUGGGAGCAGCAUGUUAGCGAUGCUAGGUUGCUCAUUGAACGUCAGGAUGCAAAGUCAGCAAGUAGCAGUGAUGAAAAUGGUUACGUUUUGUUGGAAGAAGGAAAAGAAUCUAAACAAGAUGAAGGUUCGUCGCCAUUGAACAGGUCUGCCAAUCCUACAGCUAUCAUUGGGGGUAGUACUGAUUGUGGUGAUCCAGAUGCCAGUACUUCUAAAAGAUUCUUAAAAGCGCCAGUGGAUGGAACCGAGGACAACCCUGGAUCUCUUAACCCAUUUAACUUGCAGCUGUUUGAUGAUGAUGCUCCUAAUGUACCUGAAUCAUAUACUUUGAUCACGGAGUCUAAGUUUCAGGUAUCUGUGGAAGUUUUCUUUAAUGUCUUACUCUCUGAUGGCGCCCUUGGCUUUCUGGAUGAUCUCCACAAAAAGUGUGGUGACAAAGAAUUUCGUUGUUCCAAUUGGCGUUUGGAUGAGCAAGGAGGACUUGUAAGAGAUGUCUCAUUCUUGCACCCAAUUAAAAUUUAUCUUGGUGCAAAAUUUGGGACAUGUCAGGAGGUUCAGAAGCUUCGUCUGUACAGAAACAGUCAUGUUGUGAUUCAGACAUCUCAAGAAAUUGGUGAUGCACCAUACGGGGACCAUUUCAUUGUUGAGGGAAUCUGGGAUGUUGAACAAGACAACCUAGAUGAGAACAGUUGCCACCUCAGGGUAUAUACUAAUGUAGCGUUCUCGAAGAGGACCAUUUUUAGAGGGAAAAUAGAGCAAUCAACGAAGGAUGAAUGUCGUGAGGUUUUUGGUCUCUGGAUCAAGCUUGCCCAUGAUAUUUUGAAGCAGGAUGGCAUCUCUCGGAAAGGAGCCUCCAUCCCCAUGAACGCUGAUGUUGAAUCAGGGCCUAGUCUGAACAUUGAAGGUCCUUUGGAAAAUACAGUCGCAUACAUGGCUUCGGCACCAUAUGAUUCUGGUUUGAGUAGCCUUGUUCCUCCCAUUGAACAUCGUCAACAAAGCGUAGGCACUUUGGCAUCCACUUCACAAGAAUUCUGGGGCUCACUCGCCUCAUAUAUGAGGUCCAGUCAAUUUGGUCCGGUUUUAGGAGUGAUGCUGGUGGCCAUCGUUAUCUUAAUGCAGGUAACAAUCAUCGUUCUGCUCAGUAGACCCCCCAAGGUCCUCAUGGUCAGUCCCGAAGCUUCUGUGAGCAGCUUGGGUUCAUAUAGCAAGGAGAGCAUAGAGUGGUUGCAGAAGCGAGUGAGCUUACUCAGCGAGGAGAUGCACAUGGCGGAGGCGCACAUGGAGAAGAUGCGCCACGAGUUUGCAUGGCUCAAGUCUCACCUUGAAAGACUGGAGAGGUUGAGGAGCAGCUCAUGA